GAUAAACAAUGAUUUCCGGAAGUAGAAAGUUUACGAAGUGGAGAGAGAAAGUCGGAGGCACUCGACAUUGGUGAGGCAGUUCGAGAUGGUCGAGAAGCAGCGCCGUUAUGAGAAAAUAGAGUUCUUAGGAGAAGGACAAUUUGCUACAGUAUACAAAGCCAAAGACCUUGUAGAUGACAAAAUUGUUGCUGUUAAAAAGAUUAAAAUUGGCACCAGAGCUGAAGCAGCUGAUGGAAUAAAUCGUACUGCUUUACGAGAAAUCAAAUUGCUUCAAGAAAUCAGUCAUCCUAAUAUUAUUGGUCUACUAAAUGUUUUUGGACACAAAUCAAAUGUUAGUCUUGUGUUUGAUUUCAUGGAAACAGACCUUGAAAUAAUCAUCAAGGACUCCAGCAUUGUGUUAACACCAGGUCACAUCAAAUCAUAUAUUCUACAGACCUUAGAAGGCCUUAACUACCUCCAUGCACACUGGAUUUUGCACAGAGAUCUGAAACCCAAUAAUUUACUAAUUAAUGAUGAAGGAGUUCUAAAACUUGGAGAUUUUGGUCUGGCUAAAUUUUAUGGAUCACCCAAUCGAAUCUAUACACAUCAAGUUGUUACAAGAUGGUAUCGGUGUCCAGAAUUACUGUUUGGUGCUAGGAACUACAGUACUGGUGUUGAUACCUGGGCUGUAGGUUGUAUUUUGGCAGAACUGCUUCUCAGGGUUCCUUUUUUGCCAGGAGAAACUGAUCUAGACCAAUUGACACGAAUCUUUCAAGCUAUGGGUACACCAACUGAAGCCACUUGGUCGGCCAUGAAAGAGCUUCCAGACUACAUCCAGUUCAAGGAAUUUCCACCCAAUCCCUUAAGUUCUAUAUUUACAGCAGCAUCAGACGAUUUACUGGACUUGAUGGCUGAAUUACUAAAGAUGGAUCCAUUGAAAAGAGCAACAACUGAAAAGGCUUUACAAAUGCCAUACUUCAGCAACCAGCCAGCCCCUAGUCUUGGCACUGAUUUGCCUCGACCCAGACAGAAAUCAAAUAAAGAUGACCAAGAUCCAAGGAAGUCAAUGAAAAGAAAAAUAAUUGAAAAUUCUGGUAGUUCUCUUGCGAAACGUUUGAUUUUCUGAAGAUCCCUAUUACAUAAUGCAGACAUUUUACUGAAAGUUUUCUCAGGAUUAAAAUCUAUUACUUUA